AAUUCCCGUUUUUCCAAAUUAGGCGGCGCGUGCACCCCCUGAGUCGAUCAAUGACACCCUGUCUGCCACCAUCAUGGCCUGCCACCAUCAAGCUUGACCUUCCACAAUGGGCUGCGGAUCUGGUGGUUGCGAAGUGCGAGCCUCUCGUUUGGCCUUGGGCCGUAUCCGAGUAACGAGAGUAGGCUCCAUCAUGUACACAGGAUCCAAGAGGGGCCACUCCUAUCAUUCUGUGAAUGUGCUUUGCGCAAUGGAUAGGGAGCUUCCGUCUCAUGAACGAGGUGGGUUCACCAAGUAUAAAGACUGCAUCUCGGAAAGUUUUGACACCACCAGUCUUACCCUCAUCGACCCAAGUCGCUCACUCUUUUCUAUACUUGAUCAAGUUCAGUCCGUACCCCAUCGUCCGCCAUGAAGUUCUCUCUGAGCGUUGUCUGCCUCCUGGCGCCCAUCACCGUUCUCGCGGCGCCCCUCGAGGAGCGGCAAGCCUCGCAGAGCAUCGACCGGCUCAUCAAGGCCAAGGGCAAGCAGUACUACGGCACGUGCAGCGACCAGGGCCGCCUGACAUCCGGCCGCAAUGCCGACAUCAUCAAGGCCAAUUUCGGCCAGAUCACGCCCGAGAACUCGAUGAAGUGGGACCAGAUCGAGCCGAACCGUGGCCAGUUCAACUGGGCCGGUCCAGACUACCUCGUGGACUUCGCCCAGAAGAACGGUAAGCUCGUCCGUGGCCACACGCUGGUCUGGCACUCGCAGCUCGCUGGCUGGGUAAACAACGUCCGGGACCGGGCCGGUCUGACCCAGGUCAUCGAGUCUCACAUCAAGGCGGUUGUCGGCCGGUACAAGGGCAAGAUCUACCACUGGGACGUCGUCAACGAGAUCUUCAACGAGGACGGAUCCCUCCGCUCGUCCGUCUUCUCACAGGUGCUGGGCGAGGACUUUGUUGGCAUCGCCUUCCGAGCCGCUAGGGCCGCCGACCCGAACGCCAAGCUGUACAUCAACGACUACAAUCUCGAUCAGGCCAGCUACGCCAAGACGCAGGCCAUGGCCCGCAAGGUCAAGGAGUGGAUCGGCAAGGGCAUCCCCAUUGACGGCAUCGGCUCCCAAGCCCAUCUCCAGGCCAACCAGGGCGGCAACGCCCUCGGCGCCCUGCAGACUCUUGCCGGCAGCGGCGUCAAGGAGGUUGCCAUCACAGAGCUCGACAUCGUCGGUGCCAGCACCAACGACUACACCGCCGUCACGCGCGCCUGUCUACAGGUCCCCCAGUGCGUCGGCAUCACCGUCUGGGGCGUGCGCGACCCGGACAGCUGGCGCGCGCAGAACAACCCGCUGCUGUUCGAUGCCAACUGGAACCCCAAGGCGGCCUACAAUGCUGUCGUUCAGGCUUUGCAGUGAAC